UCCACUGUGUUACAGAAGAGAAGAGAAGAGAGGGAGAGAGAGAAGACUGUAGAAAAAUCAGCAAAGCAAAGCAAAGCAUUUGGGGGAAAUGGUUGCACGAUCCCCACCAAAGCAGCACCAGAAGCUGGCACCGCCCAUCAGUCCCACUCUCCUACGAGAAACCGUUAACAAGGUGGAUCGGUGUAUGGCUCGACUGCAAGAGCUUCAACACACAGUAACAGGUGGGACUAAACUAGUAUCCGGAUUGAGCUUGAGUCCUCGUAGUGGUAGAAACUGUCUACGGGCAAGCCUCCGCUGUAAACAGGAGUCAUUAAGGUUAAAAAAUGCUAAUUCUCGAAGAUCUCCUCCUGGAAAGCUGCCAUCAAGUAAAGAGGAAUGGCGCAAAAUGUCGUUGCCAGCAAUGCUAUUGGGAGAAACAGUAGGAGAAAUCCUACAAGCAACUCAAUUUGCAAGAAACGUAGUUGAUGCAGUGUCCUCCAAGCCUCUAAAACCAGCAAACGAUGAUCCUAAAACACCAGUGACACAGAGGAAAAAGCAGGCGCCAGCGCUGGAGAACUCCGGGCUGCAUGCACGUAGAAGGAAGGAGAAACAAGUCGUGCUGCAGAACGUGAGGUCAGAAUCAAACAACGUGCCUCCUCUAAGACGAGCCAAGUCCAAGAUCAACUUCAAGGUCUCGCCCUUGCAGAAUCGAGAGUGUGACAAGGAGAACUGCCGGUACUUAGCUAAUAGAGUCUCACCAAGGAAUAGGCCAUGGGUGAGGAAGACUGUCCUGUUUCCAAACCCUUUAUUUUCGUCAUCUCCCACAUCACAACAUCAGAAAUUUGGCAAGACGAAGUCGCCCAUGAUUGCAAGGAAUCGACAAACUCCACAUAAGUUCUUGAUCAAGUCUCCUCCUCCUCCUCCUCCUGCCUCGAAGUUCCAAGUGAAAAUCAGAAGCCCUCCUCUCUGUAUAUCCCCAACACGAGGUAGUGGUGCUGCUAAGAAAUCACCGAGGGCGUCAUCAGCUGCAGCAAGGCUGCGGAGAUCAUUCUCGCCUUCGAGGCUGGCCAGCAAGCUGGUGUCACCACUGAAAAGCAGAAAAUCCAUGCCAAAGAAUAGUGAGGUGAUGAUGAAGACAAUGAGUGGAUUGAAACAGCGUCCUACGUCUUUUUCAAUGCGAUUCUCCUCACCUCGGAGGAUUUGAAUGUACAUGAAUUUCUAUGUUAUCUGUGUUAUAGAUAUCCUCUCAAUGUCAGCAGUGUGCAGUUAUUUAACUUUUCUCAUAAUAUUUUCUUCCUAAAUUGUGGAAUACUUCCGUUUUUUUUCACAUCUAUUUUA